UCCCGCGAAACCCGAACAGAUUUUUUUGCGUUUUGCACAAGUCGUUAAUGCCCCCAAUAUGCAGUCAAUAUCACUAGACAUGGAUGAUAUCCACGGAGCCAGGGAUGGCUACAUGAGUGGUGAAGAGUUCCCUACAGUAGGCGGAUCUUUACCCCCUCUCUCACCAAAUAGAAACAUUGAGGAUCCCUUCGGUGAAGACAACCCUUUCGGCAGUGGAGGAGAUUUACCAGGAAGUGAUGGAGAUAAGGAGAAUCAGGGCGAUGGAAAGCGCCCUCGCAAGUUGGUUAUGAGAAAGCCACAGCCUAAGCUCGAUGCCACACGGCUGUGCUCGGAUAGAGGCCUCCCGACCCUGAGUAAACACUUUGAGCAGGUCAAGUUCAAGGGCAAAGGUCACGAGGUCGGUGACCUGAACCGCUUGAUGUCCACCAUGGAGCACUGGGCUCAUCGACUGUUUCCUAAGAUGCCAUUUGAUGAGGUCAUUGAGAGAAUCGAGAAAUUGGGGCGGAAGAAACCAGUGCAGACCUGUAUUAAGAAGAUUCGUAUGGACAUGCCUCUCAUGGAUGAAGACUUCGAGGGAGAUGAAGAAGGUGCUGGAGAUACGAACGUCGCUGGUGAUGACGAUGAUAACCAGGAGAUGGAUUCCUUCUCACAGCUCGCUGGACCAGCUUCUCAAACCACGGCAAACAAUUCCACAACCACUGCCUCACUUUCUGAGGAACAGAAGGAUCGAAUAGAGCGCAACAAACGCCUCGCCAUGGAGCGGCGUAAAUCCAAAGGACCCACCCCAAGCUCCCAGGUCAACUCAAGCGGAAUCACAGCCGAAGAAAUGCUAGAGAUGGAAGGUGGGCAUGCCAACGAGGCAGAGGUGGAAGAUCAGCUGUGGAAUGACAUCGCCAUGUUCGAGGUCUCUCAGAGGAACAUCUGGAAGAAGUCGCCAGAAAAGGUUGCCAAGAACUUGGACGCUGUUCCUGAUCCUCUAGAAGAGGUUGCUAAUAACUCGGAGGCUGUUCCUAAUCUUCAAGAGAGGUCGCAGACCUUUGGAGAAACUUUGGUUGUGGAGAAUGGACAAUCGGAUUAUAUGGAUCUGACGGUAGAUUCUGCGACAGAGGUGAAGUUGAUCAAACCUAAAGAAGCGUCUGACGUCAUCGAUGUUGAUUCCGAGGAAGUUCAUCAAGACGCUGCCGAGGAUGCUGAUGAGAGUGCUCCUUCUGAUUUGAAUCUGAAAUGGGAUUCGGAAUCUGCAGAUGAAAGUAUGAUCGUCCAAGAACCCUGCGAGAAUCCAAGCGAACAAAUAGACUCGGGUGAAACGGGGGAUGCUGUCGAGCUUGAUGGGAAUGAUAGGAAUUGCGGAGAAGAUUCUGAGAGCACAGGAGUUACUGUGGAUCAAAAUGCUACUGUUACAAGUAUUCAGAACCUUGAGGAUUUUGGUGGGAAUGACGUUGCAAGAUGUACCACAGACGAAGCGAAGAAGGGAACAGUUAUUUCAAUUGAUCAAAAGAAACUAGAAACUGAGGAGGCUAUGGAUGUAGAAUAGCUUAUGUAGUAUGGGUUUUCCCUGGUCCCAAAAUUAACUUAAUUUUCAUUCACACUCAUUUAAAUACAAACAACUGUACAGCUAUUGCAUUCAACUUUAUUUUCUGUGCAUAAAUUGUUUGUUUUUUGCUCAUUCACUUUUGAUUUUAGUCCAUUAAAGAGGCAUAAAAGACUACAAUUUAACAAUUUUUUCAGUUGAAUUUUUACUACCUACUAUUUACAACGACAUUAAAUGGUUGACAAAGCCUUUUGCGGUUGGCUUUUGAUUGAUCUAUGCGAACAAACUACUUUGAAUGAUCUCGUUUGACCAGAGAUUGCUAAACUUUUGAAACUGAAUUUAAUACUUGAGUUGGAUUUUUGUCGAAAAAAUGCUGAAAUUCAAUAAAUCACAGGGGGUAAACCUUGCAUAUUUGUUGAAAAAAUGCUGAAAUUUGAUAAAAUCACAAGGGGUAACCCUUGCAUUUUU